AUGUGCCUCGAUCGAUCAAGUUUGUUCUGUAUCGACGAUCUGCUGACUUGUACCUGCGGUAGACCCACCAUGCAUAACGAGAUCAAGUUAGCCACACAGAGGCUGAAGGGCAUCCAGAUUGAGUGCAACGUUCCAAUCGACAAGAUCAACGCGAGAGUGGAGAAGUCUUUCUGUCACUUAGUGUCCUCCCAAGACCAGCAGGAGACGUCAGAUGUCUCUACGGGCGAGAAGGCUGUGAUCUACAACGCCAUCCCUCGCAAUGUCGACCAGUCUCUUGUGUUGGAGCCGAAGCCGACGAGGCCUCACGAUGCUCAAAGAUUAUCCAUGUUCCUAGAACAAACUCGCCUGCGAGUUGAAGAGCAUCGCAGAAGUGCCGGGCAGAACAGGAGCCUGAAUGAGAGAGCAGUGUGUCGCGAUUUCCCAUGGCGGCAGUCUACUGAUGCUCGACAGUCUGUGGAUGAGAAGAUGAAGAGGAGGCUCGCGCAGAGUUACAACCUGAUCCCCUACCCAGUGGUUGCGAACAAGAAGAGGACGAGAGCGUGCAAGAGCAUGAACCUUGAGUGCUUCGCGGACUGCGGGAGCAGAUGCCAGGAGGAGGAUCAUCACAGGUCAGCCGCUCAGAUCGCCAAGGGCCUGGUAGAAUCUCAGAAGGCUACGCGGCCGCCCGAUGACGAUGAGACGCAGGGCACGGAGGUUUACAACGACCUUGAGAGCUCGAUGAAGGCCAGGAACUCGCUCCUGAUGCACACGAGAAUCGUGGAGAACUCGUCGUCCUCCAUGUGGCAGUCGGACGACACGAAGAAGUCCUGUACCGAGCAGGAGGUGGGGGCUGAAGGGCAGGAGGCAGACGUCUCCAACGACUCGAUGCUGGUGGACAAGCCAGCCAACGAGACUGGAGAGCUCAGUCUGAAUCACUCGCACGUGCAAGGAGAGAAGCUGGUGAACCUCUUGGAGGAGAACGAGAGGAGGGCGAUGUAUAGGAAGAUCCAGAAGGCGCUGAUGGAGGGCGAGCGGAAGCGGGCCCAGGAGUUUCGCAGCCAGAGAGAGAAAGCUCAGGCGACGGAGAAGAAGGAGCUGGAAAUUCAGAGGAAAAGGCGAGGCCCUGCUGGACAAGCUGAGAUGCUGAAGACCAAACUGCACGAGCAGGAGAUGGCGGAGAUGGCACGGCAGAAGGACAUUCAGGCAAGCAUGGAAGCGAGGAUCAGUGCAGAACGAGACAUGGAGGCAAAGCUGCUGGCUGCUAGACGCCAGCAGGUCGAGGCGGAACGGUUCAUGGACGCGCUCCGCUGCCAGCACGUGCUCGACCUGCCAAAGUCUCUGCGAAACAAGUACAUGGACAUGCCGUUGUGCCCGUGCCUGCCGCCAAGGACGAUGAACGACAAGAGGGUCUGGCUGUGUGCAUGCAACUGCACCCUCCGAAACAACAUGAAAGCGUACCAUCGUAUGGUUCUCAACUUGUGCCAGUCCGCCGAAUCGAAUCGAUUGUGA